CUUUCGCGAAAGAUUUGAGAUCCGAAGCUUGCGCAAUAGUGGACUUCCCGACCCUGUCACCAUGGCUACGCAGAACGUUACCAUCACCAAAGCCUCAUCGGUGGUACCCUGGAUCGGCCGGUUCCUUAUCACGACUCUGGAGCCACUGUUUGCCGUUGGAGGCGUUGUCCUUUGCCUCACAAAGCCGGGAGAUUAUCUGUCUAGCCUCACGCGAGAGACCGUUACCAGCAUUGAUCCCCUCACCAAGUUUGUGUACACUGAGCUCGGCGGCGGAUGGCUGGUCAUCAUCUUCGCCGAGGCCGUCAUCAUGAGGGCCGUCGACGACAUACGUGUGUGGAGACUGCUUUGCGCUGCCAUCUUGCUCUCGGACAUCCUGUACACUCAUUCUCUUGCGGAGGCCGUUGGCGGGUGGGCAUCGUGGGCAGCAGUGAAGGACUGGACGGCGAUGGAUUGGGUUGCGACGGCGACGACGUGGCCUUUCAUGUUGAUCCGAGUCGCGAUCGUCAGCGGGCUGUGGGGUGGUGGUGGUGGUGGUCAGAAAGCGAAGACGAGGUGAGAGCGAGGGCUGCGAGGCUGUGAAUGUGUCGUUCUUCUACAGUCAUGCCUCAGGUUUCUGCGGGCUCAGGCGAUGCGAGAGCGACGGCCGGCGACCAGGGUGCGGAGCUUAGCUUCUUCUUCUCAUGUACUGUAUCGGUAUCCAUCCCACAUCCGCG